UUGGUUGAGGGCCUGGUGGGCUCCGGGGUGCUGAGGGCACUGACGCUGCCUGGAACGUGGAGUGUUUCGACCCGCGGGCCGUUCUCUCCUGUCUCCAAGGGCUGUUUUUCUCUCACGACCCUCUUUUCUCGGUUUGCGGGGGAGAAAGCUGGGCGGAUCGGCUGCGUGCCCCGAGCCAAGGCGGCCCCGCCCACCCGCUCGGAGCGGGCCGAGUGCGGGCGUGAGAAUGGGGCCGUGGGAAGGCUCACAUUCAGAGUUUCUACCAAACUGGGAGCAGUGAUCGCUUAAAGCAUGUAAAUUGGGGAGGUCAGGAAGAGGAUGAGUGAUACUGGGUCCAGGAUGGAAGUGUGUCCUUACUGCAAGAAGCCAUUUAAACGAUUAAAAUCCCACUUGCCACACUGUAAGGUGAUGGGGCCAGACACAGCUGUGGGUCAGGUUUAUCACUCCAAGCCAGCUAUACCUCCACGUACUAAAAAAGAGAAGAGGCCCAUCAAAGAUUUAACCAAGGCUAAAAGGAGAGAGCGAGAGACAGAGAACAAGAGCAGAGAUAACAAGUUGAUAAGUGACCGACCAGAAUGGACAGUUGGGACAGUUGGGUCCUUCCCACCUCCAGUUGGCUUGGAAAGAGUAGGAGCAAGGAAGGCAGAUAAAGAGAUCAAGGAUCCUGAUCGGCGCUCCUUCCCUCAGCCAGAGAAGACUUCUCAGGGAGAAAUGGCAGCCUUGCCCAGGGCAUCGGUUACCACCUCUCCUAAAACAGAAUUUGUAAAAGAUGUGCCUAAGUCAGAGGAAAGCAGACGUGGGCUUUCAGAAACUGGAACGGCUUUGCUGGCUGGCACAGUGGAGCCUCCUUUUAAAGAAGCUAGAAAGUACUCGCGUCUGCCUGGUGAUGUGCGGGCCAGCUCGCCUAAUAGGACAUUGGACCCAGUGGAUCUCCAAAGACAGGGUCUUUUAGCAAAAUUACAAGAUGUGCCUGUUAGCGAUUCUCAUCCUCCAGAGAAUCUCAGCAGUGUGCAGAGAGAGAGAGCACCUGCGUCAGGCAAGGAGAAUGGUUCCAGAGGUGGAGGCCACCUCCCAGGAGCCUCCACUGGCCCUAGUCACACAGAGACGCUGGGAAAAAUCCCCAAGCCACUCACUGUAGGCCUUCACACUAACCUACUGAGUGAACUCCAAGUUAGGGAGAACCCAGAAAAAGAAGAUGGACUCAGAGUAAAGUGUGGGAGCAAAGAAAAUGCUCAAAAAAGUGUGUCUGUCACAGGCAUGCAAGAUUGGGCUUCUGUGGACAGUGACUAUAGGAACUUCACCAAGGAGAAGCCACCGGACGGCAUCCUUUUAAAUUUGUCCAUGUCACAGGAGGCAACUCACAGGAAGCUUCUGUCUACAUCCCAGCCAAGUCAUCAGAGUCUCUCCUCUCUGGCUGUGAAAUCUCUUCAGUUCUGUGGUCCUCAUCCCGUCUCUGCUCUGACACUAUCAGGGGAAAGUAAGGAACAGGCUUCCCUGGAAGCCAGGUCUGCCUGCCACCCCCAAGCCUUGCAGAUGGCGUGCCAGCCAUCUUCGUAUUCGGCUCAGCAUCUCUUCUCUAAGAUGUCCCCCGCCAGUCUUGUUGCUGCUGGUGACGCCAAAGCCCUUCCUAUCUCCAUGGGGCUGGAAUGGUUUCCAGAGCUCUAUCCUGGUUAUGUUGGACUAGGGGUGUUGCCAAGGACCCCUCAGCAUUGGAAUUCAACAGCCCAGAUGCCUCAGCUUGCCAGUCCCCGGGGAGAAAGCCUCUCACAAGUUCCUGGGUUGGAAAGAAGUUCGGCAGAUGACAGGAGUUUGGAAGCCCCGAUGAGGCUUACAGCCUCCACCUUCCCUCUGAUGAGGCUCUUGGGAGCUGUGCACAAAGGCUGGGUCAGGUGCAGCACCACAGUGAGGCGGAGCGGAGUCGGCGCCGUCACCAUGCUCUUUGCCGGGUACUUCGUCCUGGGCUGCCGCUGGAGCUUCCGGCACCUGAAGCUUCAGCGCUGGCGUAAGUAAGGAUGGCCAGGACACCACCUGAGGACCCCAGAAGUCACCGAAGCAUGACCAAGACAACAGCAGGACAGACCGGACGGUUCAGAUUAAAUGGCAAGAAGAGCAUGCAAAAUAAAGCUACUGAGAUCUAAAA